CAAUCUGAGCGCCAAUUCUUCAGGAUUUAUUCGCGCUCUCUAUCUCUCUGUUAUGGGUUAUAUUGCUGGCGACCCUAACCCUUGAAAGCAAAAACCAGAAAUCGAAGAAGCCGACAGUGCGUCUGGCGUUCAGCGGAUUUUUUGUAAUUUUGCGUAUGUGCGUGAACAAAGGUAAUUGUUUAAAAUGGCUAAAGUGCCGAAAAAUAAGAAGGUCAAGAGGCCGACGGUGCUCACGAAAAGACCUCAAAGAAUAAAGCCGCAGAAGAAAAAGGCACCCAUGCCUUUGUAUCAAAAGAUGAAAGCUAAUAAUCAUUUGCUGGCCACCGCACUUAAUCAAGAAAAACAAGAAAGCCAAUUGUUGUUUUCAAAAAACACAGAAUUAAUGGCUGAAAUACAAGACUUAAAUCUUGCUUGUCGCACUCGUGAUACGUUGCUUCACAAUAUCUUGACUAAUGCUAAGGAAAUGAUGCAGACAAUCGUUACAAUGUCUGGUUUUCUAAGCAAUACGAUAAGUAGCUGUAAUGAAAUUUUAUCCAAUCAAAAUUAUGUUAAUCAUAGCCGCAGAACUAGUUCUCCGUGUAGAAGAGAGUCUGUUAAAAGAUUAUCUAUGAAAUCUCCAGCCAAAGGUGUUGUUAAACCUAUGGUCAGUGGUCAUACAAUAACAAAACCUACUAUAAAUUUAAGUAGAGUUCACAUGCCACGUCCACCUAUUUCAAAUCUUAGUUUAAUUGAAGAAAGGCCAAGUACACCUGAUGGAAGUCCUCCAGAAAAUAGGCACUCAAGAUCUGAAAUACUUCCAUUAGCUUUGAAUAGAAAUCAAGAAGAAGAAGAAGGAUUGAUUAACAAUAGAAGAACAAGUAGAUUAUCUACUAAUAGAUUAUCAAGUGGUGGAAGAUAUUCAAAGCGAAAAUCUAGUAGACUGUCUGGACGGUUGUCAUUGUCAAAGCGUCAAUCUGAUUACCCUGAAAUAAAAAGUCCUAAAGUACACUUACAAGACAUUUCAAGAUUUUUAUCAAACAAUCAAACUACUAUUAGCGCAAAUUUGUUUGCAGAUAUUUCACGUAGAUUUAGUGAAUCUAAUCAUUCAAGUCAAGAUGUUUCUCAAAAUGACGCUAACUCCGAUUAUUUAGACGAAAAUCGUGUUAUUAUUCCUGAAACCCAAGAAUCACAAGACUCAUCUUCUGAAUCUGGCAAUGAGAAUAGCUUAAAUUUAUCCUCCAAUACAAUAUCAACCCAAGCAGAAAUUCAUCAAUCACUUAUUCGAAAAUCUAAUCAGCCUCUCAUGGAAUCACAUUUAAUUGAUCCAAUGGAAGGUUCAAGCUGGAUGUUUGAUUCAACACAAAAUGACAUCGACGUCGAUGAAGAUCAAGAAAAUAGACCACCUCCAGAUCAUAACAAGACCGUAGAGGAUCGAAAUGGUGCUACUUCACCUGUUUCAACUUUCCCUUGUUCAACGAAUAGCGCUCGGCGGAGCAGUUUAUUCCGCGUGCCUGAUUUGCCAAAAGCUUUUGGAAGGAGAAAUCCUGUCCGAGAUAGUUUGAAUGCGUCCUUAUCUUCUCCAACGCCGCUUGGUACUGUUUUAGAUACUUCUACUUACCCUUCAGCUAAUGACAACGAUGAUACGGAUGAUGAUCAUGAUGACGAGAGUGAUCAAAAUGAAGGUGAUGAUGACGAUGAUGAAGAUUACGCGGAUCGUCGAAUGGUUCAUUUCGUAACGGAGCGUCGUGGGCCUUCAUCGCGAACAUCGUCAAGACGUUAUGGAUCCGAAAAAGCUCCUAAUAAUAAUGCUUAUCAAGAUGACGACGACGACGACGAUGACGAGACGUUAAUGAUAAAUAUGAGAAACCAACUGAAGCCGCGAUUCGCAGCGCAAUCAAAUCUCGACGAGCGGCCCGAACGUUUGCAAUUCGAUGUCAAUGAAUUGCUGCAAUUGACGCCACUAAAGCCUCUGAUGAAAAUGAACGGCAGAACAAACGCUGGGCCAGCAUUGAUGGCUCAGCAGGAUAACGACGAACCAACUGCCACCAUUCAAUUGACCGAGAGGCCAGGCCGUCCAGCUGCGGAGGACACCGACACCUUGACAAUGAGUCGCAUGUCGACGCAGAGAGUGCCUCGUCAAUGGCAACAUGAGGAGUCGUCAACGACAACAGUUAGGUGCCAAGAUCAAAGAGCCCAGAAUAAACGAUUUAGUGAACUGACGACUGAACGUUUAAGCAGAUCAAGAAUCGAAUUACCACGUAUGACAGAAAUGCUCGAUUACACUGCCAAUCAAACACAAAUUAUCAAAACUCCCGAUGUGAGCAAAUCCAAAGAGAAUCCAAAACGUAGAAAAGCAGUAAAAAAGAAAGCGGUAAGCGAUGAUGAAUGGUCUGACCAACCAGAGAAAAAAACGCGUCAGCGCAAAACAAAAGCAAAAGAUAAGGAAAAUAAAAAGAAAGAUUCGGUCCAAAAUGAAAACAACGAAAAUGAUAGCAGCGUUCGCCGAUCGAGCUCGCGAUUGCAAGAAACUGUCAGAACUUCUUCAAGCUCGAGCGUAGCUUCGUACCGAAGUUCUUUAUUGCAACCAGCUGAACAGUCGAGUGAUUCAGAAAGUAGUGUGGCAAGCAAUAGACCUCUUUCGACAAGACCGAGACGUAAGAAAGCCCCAACAAAUUUACAUGAACCUAGUUUAAUCAAGAAGCUGAGGAGAGGAUAAAUUUAAGAUGAAAAGAUCAAGAGCUUUAUAAAUAAAAAAAAUCGAGAAUUGUUUUCUCAUUUAAAGUAGAUCAUUUUUGUGAUGAAUAAGUUUCGUGCGUAAGACUGUGUAAAUAACAUUGCAUUCGUGCAUUUUUGAAAAAUAUUCCUAUAUAUUAGUGUUAACGUCGAAUUUCCGUGUUAUGUUGGUUAUCAAGUUGCAUACUUAUAUUGGUGUUGAUAGCAAAUGAAUUUUUUAUAUUUAAAUCAUCGCUCAAAUCAAUUACUACCAACUAUUAUCGAAGUUUCUUUAUUACUCCUUAUAAUUAUGAAUUGUUGUCCCGCGACAAAUUGUAUUUAAAAACAUGUUUAUAACACUUGAAUCAUAGAAAAUUAAGCAUGCAUUUACACUCAACAUUUUUUUCAAAUCUUUGAUAAUUGUAUAUUUAUUUGUAAAAAUAUUGAAAGCUUAAGUUAAUUAGUCAUAAUUAUUUGUAUCAUUCAACGAAGAAUCAAGAUUUCUAUUAGUCUUUUGUAUCAACUUUUUUUAUACCAGCUGCUGCAUGUUAUUAUUAUUCAAUAAAAUAGGAAACAUGA